AUGUCGACCCCCGAAUCAACCAUCACCCGUCCCAAGCUGAUCCUCUGUGCCGAUGGCGGCGGAUCAAAGGUCCUCGUCGUGGUGCGCUCUGACGACGGCCUUGAAGUCCGCGGCACCGCCGGCCCGUGCAACGUCCAGUCGGUGGGCCACAUCCCAGCCGCAGACCGCAUUCUGGAGGCGACGUAUCGCGCGCUUCUGCAGCUGCCCUCGUCGUAUCUCCCUGCUCAAUGGUCGGCGCCCAUGCUCCAACCCCAACUCCCACCUGGACUCCGCAGCCGCGUCGCGUCUCCAGCUCCCUCGGGCGCCAACACCCCGCGCUCCCGCCUCCCGCCUCUCAAGGAGAGCCUGUUUGCCUACUGCUGGAUCGCGCUGGCCGGCAUGACCACCCCAGCAGACGCGGCUGCUUUCACUCCCUUUGUGAGCAACGUGCUCUCGACGCCGGCUGAGCGGAUUUCCAUGACCAACGAUGUCAACCUCCUCGCAGCACCCGCACUCCACCAGAGUGGCAUCGACCACUGCGUGGCUGUUGUGUGUGGCACCGGGACGAUUGGACGCACAAUUCGUAUUCGUGGCAAGGGCGAGGAGCUGCCACCUUCUCCGCCUGGGGACGGCCGUGAGGCCGAAAUCGACAAUGCCGCGAGCAAGGAAAACGCCCUCGACCAGGGUCUGCCACUCGAGGACGUCGGUGUGGCACGAGGCUGGGGCUAUAUGCUCUGUGAUGAGGGUUCUGCAUUCUGGAUUGGCCGCCUGGCUAUUCGUUGGCUCCUGCACCAGUGGGACCGUGAACACAGCACGGCCAUCUACUCGUCUCCCACGACGCCACGAGGGCCGUUGUACACCGACCUGCUCGAGUACUUUGCCGUCGACGACCCGACUGAGUUGAUCGGUAUUGUCUCACUCAUGAGCGACUUUUCGGACGGCCUGACCACGGGCGAGGCUUCGGCCAAGCGCAACGCCUACCAGGCGGGCGCUGCUCGCGUCGUGUUCAAGUGGGCUUUCCCCGAAGAGCAGGGCGUCACCGUCACGACCGACCUGGAAAUGGCAUCCCACGUCGCCGCGCUCAAGAUUGCCCAGUCAGCCAUCAAGCCCGUCAUCGACCUCACGCUCGAGACGCUCGGCGACCGUACUGUCGUCGACCCGCAGCGUACGGCCUUCAACCUCGGCGGCGGCCUGUGGAACUCGCCGGGGUACCGCAAGCUCUGCCUCGACGGUCUCGCUGUCGAGGGCGUCAACUUCCGUUCUAUCAACCUUGUCGACGACGCUGCUGGCGAGGGCGCCAAGGCUCUCGCGGGUGCCGUCUUCAAGUGA